GCGAGCGAACACCAGCAUAACAAGACCUGACUGACUUUACUCCACUUAUAACCGUAUUUAGCAUUUUAUUCCAAUUUUAGGCGUUUUUUCCCCACCCUUCCCUGCUUUGGACCAGAUCGGGGCUUUUUGCAAGGACAGAAGAUGGUUCCAGUUAAGCUCCUCAUACUUGGAGCUGCCAACACAGGAAAAACAGCCUUGUGCGUCCGCUUCAUGACCAAGCGCUUCAUUGGCGAGUACGACCACAAAAAAGAGAUGACCUACAGGUGCAGCAGGCUUGUGGACCAGGAGGCUGUUGACUUGGAGAUCUUGGACACAGCUCGUAAGGAGAGCUGCUCGUCUUCACUUGAAGCCUCCAUCCGCUGGGCUGAUGGUUUCCUGCUGCUCUACUCCAUCACGCACCGCCACAGCUUCCUGGAGGUCCAGCGUCUCAAGAGACUCAUUGAUCAAACCAAACAGAGUCUUGUUGUCCCUGCAGUUCUUGUAGCCAAUAAAGCAGACUUGGAAAUUGGCAGGGAAGUGACAACAGAAGAAGGACAGAGACUAGCCAAUGAUUUAAGGUGUGGUUUCAAGGAGCUGUCGGUGGCCGACGCUGUGUUAUCUGUGGAAGCAGCCGUGUUUCAGCUCAUCAGGCGGGUGUUGGACCACCAGCGGUCUCUGCCUGACCGCCGUUCCUACAUGCUGACCAUGCGUCACGCUCUAACCAAGAAGCUGACCCGCUCUAAAACCAUGCAGUGGUGACCUCAACUGUAUUAAACCAUCAGACCUUCAUAUUGUUUUCAUAGGACAUUAUGAACUGAAGAUUGCUGCAUGAGGACUCAUUGUAAGAAGAUCCAGGUUUGAGUCAUAUUGUGCUCGUGUACUGUUGCUUCGGACCAGCUCUUCCUCCCAGGGAAUCUUUAUUACUGGUCAAUCCCAAGUUCUUUUGAUGACAUAUAUGUUGAGUAAGAAGGACCAUCGAGACAGAAUUGUAAAGACUUUGUGGCAUAGCGAUGCCGGGUUCGUUCUUCCAAGGAAUGGGUCGGCAUAAAACACAGUAAGAUAAAAGAUUUAUUUAAUAAAAGGAGCUAGGAACAAAAAUACUGGGGCUAAGCAGAAAAGGCAAACAAAGGGAGCUAGCGUGGGAGUCUAGGGAAAACGAACAGAAACAACUAAAACUUGGCACAAAGGCACACAAAGGGGAAAACAAAACCAUUAGCAUGAGAGCUAGAAAAGAACAAAGGCGUAGCGUGUAAGCUAGCGAGAAUAAACAUACCAGGCGAGGCUUCAACUGUCGCAUGUGAGCAAAUUAGAGUCCGACAAUGAGUGAACAGAAAAGGCGGGCUUAUAAAGGAUGGUGAUUAGUAGAACAGGUGUGCGUCUUGAAACCACGGCAGGUGAAAAUAAUACGUAGCUAUGGAAACGGACUAAAAACAGGAACUAAGGAGUCAAACUACCAAAAUGUGAUACAGAAAAGAAUCAAAACUCUAACAUAGAACGAUCUGAGCAGUGGAUCGCAAAAAGAAUUGGAAUAUUUUCAAGUUUUACUAAAUAUUUAGGAGGUCAACUUAACCAAUACAUUCAUAUCGGCUACUCUACUUGAUCUGGCAUUCCAAGGGAAAAACACACUCUUUUCACACAAAAGAAAGCCCUCCUCCCCCUCCUCUCAAAAUCAUAAGGUGAGAAAGACGUGGGGGUUGUCUUCACAUUCUGAUGGUUUACGAUACUGACCUUAGAUUGAUUGAUUGAUUGAUUGAUUGAAACUUUUAUUAGUAGACUGCACAGUUCAGUACAUAUUCCGUACAAUUGACCACUAAAUGGUAACACCCAAAUACGUUUUUCAACUUUUUUAAAGGCCUACUGAAACCCACUACUACGGACCAAUACGGCCUUUUUAGUUUACUAAAUUGCAAUUUUAAAGUUCCCGCGAAGUAUCCUGUUGAAAACGUCGCGGUAUGAUGACGCGUGCGUUUCAUGUCUCGGGUUGUAGCGGACAUUAUUUUCCAGCCCGAUACAAGCUAUAAGUAGUCUGCCUUAAUCGUAUAAUUACACAGUAUUCUGGACAUCUGUGUUGCUGAAUCUUUUGCAAAUUGUUCAAUUAAUAAUGGAGAAGUCAAAGUAGAAAGAUGGAGGUGGGAGGCUUUUAGCCUUUAGCCACACAAACACAGACGGUGUUUCCUUGUUUAAAAUUCCCAAAGGUGAAGCUUUACUAUGGAUCAGAACGGUCAAGCGAACAUGGAUCCCGACUACAUGUCAACCGGCAGUUUUCGGUGAGAAAAUUGUGGUAAUAAGUCGGCUCUUACCGGAGACAUCAGCAGAGAUUCCGUCCUGAUGCAGCUGCGUGACUUCCCUCCGAGACUCUGGCGGUCAACACACUCGUGGCCACACCCCUUCGACUUUCAGGUACUAUUUAAUCUCAAUAAAACACUAGCAACACAAUAGGCAGAAAAGGUAUUUUCCAGAAUUAUCCUAGUAAAUGUGUCUAAUAACAUCUGAAUCACUCCCACUGCAAUCGCCUUUUUUUUUUCCUAGUCCUUCACACUAAAUUUCCUCAUCCACGAAUCUUUCAUCCUCGCUCACAUUAAUGGGGAAAUUGUCGCUUUUUCGGUCCGAAUAGCUCUAGCUGCUGCUGGCUAUGAAUAUAAACAGUGUGAGGAUGUGAGGAGCCCUACAACCCGUGACAUCACGCGCACAUUGUCUGCUACUUCCGGUAAAGGCAAGGCUUUUUUAUUAGCGACCAAAAAUUGCGAACUUUAUCGUUGAUGUUCUCUACUAAAUACUUUCAGCAAAAAUAUGGCAAUAUCGCGAAAUGAUCAAGUAUGACACAUAGAAUGGACCUGCUAUCCCCGUUUAAUAAGAAAAUCUCAUUUCAGUAGGCCUUUAAGUCGGGGUCCACGUUAAUCAAGUCAUGGUAAAAUGGGAUCUGAAGACAAAGAGAGACUGGUAGAAUACAGAAAGGAAAAGUACUAGCCACUCUGAACAUGGCUAUGUAAAAAGAAGGAACUCUUAAACAUAUCAGCAUCCUUCCACAGUACCCAUAACCUGAAGCCUUCUGGGAUAGGCUCCAGCUCACCCACAACCAUAUAAGGCAGGGGUCUCAGACACGCGGCCCGCCAGACGUUAUUUUGCGACUCCCACCUUAAUAUGAAAGUUUAAUGUUAGUAUGGCCCGCAAGUUUGUGUUAUUUGGGUCCAAAAUGGCUCAACGUUCUGGGUUGCCUACCCCUGCGAUAGUGGAAAAGCGGCAAAUGAGUGAAAACGACAGAGACGUUGCCAUGGGGGUUUUCUUACGUGCCUGGCUGCAGUCACACAGCGACACCUGUCCGUCAGUAAUAACAGUCCCCAAUAACCUGGACCAAUUCAAAAUGUUAUUUGUUUUAUUCAUUGUUUAAUUUGCAUUGCCUGACACAAUGAACACUACAUAUAUUUCUAUAUGAUGCAGGAUAACACUCCGGGAGCCGUCACUUUUUUGCGCUCGCUAUCCAGUGUUGCUGCAGGGAGGAAAAGCGGAACGACACACAGAAAUAAUAUUAUUCUCCGUGCGUCGGCUAAAUACAAAUAUAUUCCACAACCCCAAACAUGUCUUUUUGAAAGCGUGCAGUGAAGAGAAAGGUUAGUGAUGAGCAAAGACAAUUCCAGGAAAAAUGGGAGAUGCAAUAUUUCUUUGUUGAGCACAGGAGCACCCCGACGUGUCUUAUUUGCACAGAGAAAGUUGCGGUGCACAAGGAAUACAAUUUGAAACGUCAUUAUACAACUAGACAUGCUGAGGAGUAUGCAACAUUGUUUUAAGAAAUCUUUGAUAGCGGCCCAGCCUCACCCAGACUCUGCAUCCAGUGUCCCCCCAGGUAAAUUUAGUUUAAUAACCCCGGCUUCACGGUGGCAGAGGGGUUAGUGCGUCUGCCUCACAAUACGAAGUUCCUGCAGUCCUGGGUUCAAAUCCAGGCUCGGUAUCUUUCUGUGUGGAGUUUGCAUGUUCUCCCCGUGAAUGCGUGGGUUCCCUCCGGGUACUCUGGCUUCCUCCCACUUCCAAAGACAUGCACCUGGGGAUAGGUUGAUUGGCAACACUAAAUUGGCCCUAGUGUGUGAAUGUGAGUGUGAAUGUUGUCUGUCUAUCUGUGUUGGCCCUGCGAUGAGGUGGCGACUUGUCCAGGGUGUACCCAGCCUUCCGCCCGACUGUAGCUGAGAUAGGUGCCAGCGCCCCCCGCGACCCCAAAAGGGAAUAAGCGGUAGAAAAUGGAUGGAAAUGGAACCCCUGAUAUAAGGUAUCUAGCCAAAUCUGGACAAUACCAAUACCGAGGGUAGAAUAAAAAUAUUUGUGCUGUUGAUAUUACUUUGUCAAUAUUGUUCCACAGUGGUACCUCACCUUCAAUGGGAACUGCACUUUUUUUGGGGAAUAAAACCCAUUGUUCACAAGCAAUAUAAAAGACAUGAUGACAGGAGUAUGUUUUUGAUGCAUUCUACCUAGUAAACAAAAGUCAAUGGUAAGUCCUCUCUUCCACCUAUAAAACACAAUUACAAAAACAUCCAAAAAUCGCCAAAAAUACGCCAUUUACAUUUAGCGACUUGUAUAUUCACCAAGUAUUAGUGAUAUUGUUAUUGUUAUUGUUAACUCACAUCCCAAACGUAAUUUUUUUUAAGGACUGCAGAUGGAAGUCAUGUCUUGUGAUAAUGUUCUGUUUAGUUAUGUUCUGUAUGUUUUUGACUCCGUUAUUUCCUGUUUUUGCGCACCCUGGUUUGUUUUAGUUUCCAUGACAACCAUUAGUUCCACCUGCCUCAUUUGUUUGAACUCACGCACCUCUUGUUAAUCAUGUCACUAUUAUUUAAGCCUGUAGUUGCCAGGUAGUCGACCUGGCAACAUCACCCUUGUUACCAGGGGCGCCGAAAAGGGGGGGGAAAAUGAUACGGAUUCUAGGCGCCCAUGAUGGAGGGGGGCCCAGAGAGGCCCCUAAUGAUGAUGAAAUUAUAUGAAAUUAUGUGUUGGGGGCCCUGUAAAGAUUAUUUUCAUGGGACCCAAAAUCCCUAGCGGCGCCCCUACUUGUUACACCUGAUACCCGAAUGAUUACACGAUCCAUGCCAUAGUGCUCGUGCCAUUGCUCAGUUGUUUUGGACUUUUUCACGUCACAGUUAGUGUUUUCGUUUUUAUGUCCAUAGUUCUGCCUUUGUGCUAGUUUUUGUUUUCUUAACCAAGUUUGUUCUCCGCCUUGUGCGCGCCUUUUGUUUGUUCCUUUUAUAGUAUAAUUCAAUCAUGUAUUCGGGGGCGGUACCUCUGGCUUGGCAGACCAGGGUGGUGGUCCCUCUCUUUAAGAAGGGGGACCGGAGGGUGUGUUCCAAAUAUCAUAGGAUCACACUCCUCAGCCUUCCCGGUAAGGUUUAUUCAGGUGUACUGGAGAGAAGGCUACGCCGGAUAGUCGAACCUCGGAUUCAGGAGGAACAGUGUGGUUUUCGUCCUGGUCGUGGAACUGUGGACCAGCUCUAUACUCUCUUCAGGGUC